CCUCUUCAUUCUUCCCGGUUGGGAAUCCCAAUCACCACUCACACUGUACUACUGACUACUGAGUCUGUACUGCACUAUCUGUCUGUCUGUAGACUAUACUAUAUAGUUAGUGUUAGUCACUGUAGAGUAGAGAAGAGCCACUCCACUAAAAAAAAAAAUACAGGCACAGGUCAGUACGUUGCCAGCAACACCUUAUUAAUUAUUACUAAUUAGUACACUUUUAUUAUAUUAUUUGUAUUGUUUCAAACAAGUAUUGUAUAGUAUAGUAUAAUAAGUUUCUAAUCUAAGUUAGUCUAAGCCUAAGCAGCACUGAGUACUAUAGACUGUAGAGUAGGCCUUACUUUUUACUUAGUAAAACUAAGUAAAUGGGCAUGGCUUAGAAACAUAGGCUUAGGCCUUUAACUUUUGUCAAGUUUUGUAAGCUAUCAGUGAAGUCAGUGUCCAACUAGUCUCAUUUAAAAAAUAUAGUUGCUAGCCAGGAUAUAAUUACUUAGAAUAUGCCUAGCCCAUUUAAUAAAACUUUUAAUUAUUAAUUUGACUGUCAAAGUAGGGCCAGUUGACUUUGUACCACGCUUUGUGCAUUAAUUAGAAUUGAAGCAUGUUUUUUAAAUGAACUUAAUAAUUAUUAUUAUUAUUGUAAUAAAUGUUUCAUACUUUAUUUUUUAAAAGUACAUAAAGUCAAGUUCAAGAAGCAUCAAUAAUUUUGACUUUGAAAAAUAAUGUGCACUGGGGUUGUGGUUUGUGCUGGCUAAGUUAAGUAGCAAGAAUAAAUAAUUUAACUCUUUCUCUCCGUAUCAAAAUGUAUUCGAUUUGAAAUGAAGAUUUUGGCGUUUCGACAAUGUGAUCAUCGAUGUAUAAAAACCAGUUUAUUUCUGUUCUUUUUUUAGCUAUUAGUUUUUAAUUAUUUUAAAUCAAUUAUAGAAUGAUUCCCUUUGGGUAAACAUCCGGUUUUUCUGUGUUUGAACGAGUUUUUACAUAGAACAAAGUGUUUGAAGCGGUUGUUUUGAUUGACCAUUUUAUUUUUGUUUACAAACAUGAAAUCUUGACCUGACCCAUCUGGUGAUCGAUCUAAUAAAGUAAUAAAGGUUGAAAAUAUUACCCUGAUGAUGAUUCAGACAGUGAUUUUAUGAUUUCAAAUCCAGAGGCUGAUUCUGUUGAAUCGUAUGAUUAUAAUCCUAGAACUAGUAUUAGCAGUACUAGUGACAAAAUAAUGAAAUUGGUAAUUCAUCAGCUGAUGAACAAUCAGCCCCGCCCCCAGCUAAAGUGUACAUCCAUAUGGAUUGUUUUUUUAGGCUUACCAUAGCUAAUCCCAGAUGAAACAAUAUGACAAAUUUAUGGUAAAUUUUCCAUUUACCAUUAUAAAUGUUAGUACAUACAAGAAUACAUUGCAAAUAUUUUGUAAUAGCAACAAAUUAUUUCCAGUGGAAAAAGUCUAGUUAAAUUUUUUUGCAAAUUUUCUGUGUGACGGUCUCAAUGGAUAUUGUAGCAAUUGACUGUUCCACCCAUUUACGUUUGGUUGUAGUGUAGUCCAAUGGUUGAAAGAAAUUUCCAAGCACAGAAAAUGUAAUUGAAAUUUAAUAACACGAAUUAAUAAUAUACAAACCUCUCUUUAUAGCCCAAAUUAUUUUGACAAUCAGCAUGGGAGAUGUCAAUAAUGCAACUGCCAACUCACACUCUACUACACCUUUGCAAGAACUGGAAAAAAUAGCUAACGAAAACAACCUCAAACUUGGGGAUGUGGAGUUUGCCAGACAUAUGGACAAAAGAGACCCACUGAAAUAUUUACGUGAUGAAUUCCACUAUCCAAAAAUGGGCGAUGUUUUAAACAGUGAGCAUUUAGUAUUUCUUUGAUGACUUUGAGAUUUAUAGUAAUGUUUUUGAGUGGUUUUCACUGGAUAAAAAUCACAAGGCCUAAACACAUCCAGCAAUUUGGUCUUUAUCUGUAAGCAAACCGCAAAUAACCUUAAUACAGUCACCUCUCUUAAGAUUUAGUACUGAUAUGAAGUCAAACAAUUAAGAAGUUAGCAUGUAUUUUAUGACUUAAACAUAAAGAUAUUAUGGUGCCUGAUUUUAAAUAUACAAUUAAAAAUUUUUUAAAAAUCAUAUAUUGUACCAUUUCAGCUGAUCCCAGCAUUGUAGAUCUAUCUGAGGACUGUGUAUACUUCUGUGGUAAUUCUCUAGGAUUGUGUCCAAAGAAAACAAAGGAGUACAUGAAUAUACAAAUAGACAAGUGGGCGAAAUUGUAAGUAUUUGACGAGAAACAAUUAACAUAACCGUAUAUCCUCUCAUUGCAAGCCUUACAUGGGAAUCAUAAAUUCAGAUGGGCAAUAAAAUCAUUCUCUCAGGUUUCUGUUAAAAUUAAGAAACCUUUUUUUUUUUUUUUUUUUUUUACAAAUUUUUUUUUUCCUUUUUUCUUUGUAAAAAAUAAAAAAUAAAAAAAAAAAACAUAAAUUCAGAUGGGCAAUAAAAUCAUUCUCUCAGGUUUCUGUUAAAAUUAAGAAACCUUUUUUUUUUUUUUUUUUUUAUACAGAAUUCUUUCUUCCUGUGUACCUUGUAGAAAAUAAGACAUUAACAAAAAAAUCUGCUCUCAAAGCUGUUCAUUUUUAUAGUGAAUUUAUAAUGAACAUACUUUAUCCACUUUUACUGAAAUUCAAGCAAUGUUUGUACAAAGGGCAAAAUAAUGUAUAUAUUAUAAACAAGUUUGCUGGUUCGGCUUAAAAAGAUUAAAUCAAAAUGUUUGGGGAAAAAAAUGUAUUUUAUGCUUUAGAUUUCAUUUAACAUGGAUGUAUUAAAAAUAUUCACUUAAUUUUGUUCUGAAAAAAAAAAAUCCCUAAAGUGGACCCACCCUGAAAUUAGAAGUGACAUUUUAUCAUUUCAGAGGGGUGCAAGGUCAUACGAAUGGAGAGCUGCCCUGGGCCUGGUGUGAUGAAUUGUUGGAAGAAGACAUGGCUAAAAUUGUGGGUGAGAAUCAUGAGCCAGUUCCAUUUUUCAUCCAACCCAUUGCUUAGUUUAUGACUUCAAAGUAACCGAUAUCUCACAUGCUACUAAAUUGAUCAGUUAAACUCAGUGUUUCUGUUCUCUUCUCCAGGGUGUAAGAGGGAAGAGGUUUCUUUGAUGAAUGGUUUAACGGUCAACUUGCACCUGUUGCUGGUAAGUGUAUUCACAAGUGUGUUGUUUUUUUAUCUUUUUUUGUUUUUAACAUGAUUUGAUUGGUUGGCAGGGAUUGAGCUAUUUAUAUCUAUCAAUUCUAAAAGCAUAACUGAGAAUGGAUGGUAAAUUAUGUUGAAAUACUUUCUGAACAUUAUUUACUUUAUUAUAUUAUUAUCCCCUUCUUUCUUUCAAGUUUUGUUCUGGGAAAAAAAAAAGAACAGGUUCUUUAAACAUGUUGCUAAUGGAAAACAUCACUCUAACUUAUUGGAGGAUAAUCCUGUGUUACUAACCCUUCAUGUUUAGCAAUCAAAAUUGUUUUGAAAUUACAAUUCAAAGGACACCCACCCACCCCCCACUCAGCCCCCAAAAAAGGAAAGAAAAAGCAAAGCAACAUUUUCCAACAACCUUGUGUUUCACAUCUCCACUAAUGGAGACUCUACGCCAUGUAAACUGACUUUGUAAACUACAUCUACACCCAAUAAUUCAGGCAAAAUCUAUGAGAAGCCAUGUUUUCAGUUCUAUCCCCUGUAUUGUGUUCAUUGGUCUUAGCUGUUAUAUAAACUUAAUUAACAAAGAAGGCAAGUUCAAAAUACUAAUGUCUGUUUCAAUAGUUUUAAAUAUAAAAUCUUGACUUCUAACAGCUGUUAAGUGAAUAAGUAAACUGUAUUUAUCUCACAUGAGCACUUGUUUUUAGAUUGAAGAAAUUUUUUUAUUGAAUAUUAACAUAAAACUAUGCUACCGGUACUGCUAUAUGAGAAUCCAAUUGGAUAAGAAAAAUAAAAAAGUAUAUUUAAAGAUAUGUCAUUUGUUUUAUCCUUAUGUUUAUGACUAACUUCACUCAUCAGCUUAUUACAUUUUAAGUGCAUGAUGUAAAGAUUGUCCUUGAAAUUUACUGGGAUAGAGUACCAGUCAUGUUUAUUCAUAAUUUACUUUGAAAGACACUGAGACUCGACUGUCAACCCAAUGUUAGCUCUUUAGGGCAAACAGAGACAUUUUUAUGGAGAGACACUGUGAGACUUGACUGUCAACCCAAUGUUAGCUCUUUUGUGCAAACAGAUACAUUUUUAUUGAGAGACACUGUGAGACUUGAAUUUCAACCCAAUGUUAGCUCUUUAAGACAAUUGAGACAUUUUUAUUGAGAGACACUGUGAGACUUGAAUUUCAACCCCAUGUUAGCUCUUUAGGGCAAACAGAUUCAUUUUUUUGGAGAGACACUGUGAGACUUGACUGUCAACCAAAUUUCACCUCUUUAGAACAAACUAGACAUUUGCUGCACAUCUGAUGUUUCUCUUUGUUUUCCAUUAUUUAAAGGGAAGUUAAUAUUGUUUCAUGCUGCAUAACGCAUGCCGUAAUGAUUCUUAACUUUUAUUCACCACAGAUUUCCUUCUAUCGACCAACAAAGGACAGGUACAAGAUUUUGUGUGAAAGCAAAGCUUUUCCUUCAGAUCAUGUGAGGCAUUUAAACAUUUAGAUUUGAUAAAGCCUUUUUAAAACAAAUUUGUUUAUGGAAGUUAUACCAAAAAAUGUUUUUUUUUAUAUUUUCAAUAAAAUAUUAAUUAUUUUGGCCCAACUGGCAUAUCUAUGAUUAAGUAUGAAAGUCCGGUUGUAAUAUUGUGCAUGCCAAGUUCUCAGUAAUCACUACCUGCCAAGUGCUCUGAUAAGAUGCACUUAGAAACUUGUUCAAUUUAAUCCUGUUCAUAACCCGCUUCACAGUACACAUUUGAAAGCCAGUCCAGACUCCACGGGUUUGACCCAAAGGAUGCCAUGAUAUGUGUAGAGCCACGUGAGGUAAGGCUUAAGUUUGUUUCCUUUAGCUUACAUUUAAGAUGCUCUGUGGUGUAAGUGACCCCAGUCCAGAACUUGGAAAAAAAAUGUUAUGUUAUUUUGUUUGUAUAUUUCAUUUUGACCCAAUGGACUGUUAUUUCCUGUCUUACUGCAAAAACAGUUAAUCUAUUUAUUUUAUUUUAGUAGCUCCACUGUUUUAUUAUUUGCAUAGUUUCAUUAACUUGAUCCAGUCUUUUUCUUAAUUAAGCCUGUGUUGUAUUUGUGGCAGUUGUUCCAGAGUUUUAGUUGUUCCGGUAUUUUAGCGUACGCCGAAUGCCUCAGAGCACUUUGGUAAGGCAGGUCCACACCUUUACAACUUUUCAUAAAUUUAAUAAUAAUCAUUGAUUUUUUAAAUUAUUUUCUGCUAGGGUGAAUUUACACUUCGAACUGAAGACAUACUGGAUGUGAUAGAGAAGCAGGGAGACAAAAUUGCUGUGGUUUGUUUUUCUGGUGUACAGUAUUACACAGGACAGUUGUUUGACAUUCCAAAAAUAACACAGGCUGGUAAAGCUAAGGUAAUAUUUGCUGCAUUAAGUUGUAAUAUAAAUCAGGAGUUUAAUAUCAUGGGAGAUAUCAGGGGCCAUCACUGACAAGGUGACAGCAGAUAUGUGGCUAGGACUAGGUAUUUUAUAAAAUCAUUGUUGCGAUACUUCAUAUAUUAGGUAAAUUGAUUCGUUAUUUUUAUCUUGAAAGUUUUAAUAUUGGACAUGGAAACAAUUCUUGUUUUUUAAGGGUUGCCAUGUUGGCUGGGACCUGGCUCAUGCUGUUGGCAAUGUUCCACUGAAGAUACAUGACUGGGGUGUAGACUUUGCAUGCUGGUGUACAUACAAGGUAUAUCAUAAACUGUGUACAUUCAUGUAUUAACAUAGAUUGUGUACAUACAAUUUAAAUUAUAGAUUGUUUACAUAUUUGUUACAACUAUGAUUCUCUACAUGCUAGGUUUGUCAAAGAUGUUGUAUAUUAAAGGUAUGUCGUGAAAGUGUUAAAAAAAAAUGUCUUUGACUGUUUACAUAAAAAGGUAUGUCUCUGUUAACCUCCAAGGUUUGUCCUAGAUUGUUUAAAUUUUGAAGAUAACAAGGUAUUUUAUAUAUUGUUUACUCUCAUUGUUAUAGAUUGUGGCCAUAGAAGGAACCUCAUUGAUUGCGUUUUAAAGUAUGAUAACCCCAAUAAUUUAUACACUCUUUAUAACAAUUAUAGACAAUACCAUUUGAAAUGUCUUCAUUUUAUUCUUAGUUGAAAUGUUGUCUUUUCAGUACCUCAAUGAUUAUCUCCUCUAUGUCCCUUGUACGUCAAUGCAAUUAUCUCCCCUUUGUCCCCAGUACCUGAAUGCAAGUGCUGGUGGAUUGGCCGGUCUGUUCAUUCAUGAGAACUUCCAGACCAAUGACUUUCCAAAGCUUCUUGGCUGGUGGGGGCAUGACAUGAAAACAAGGUUUCAAAUGAACAACCGUAAGUUUUUUCAUGUGGGUUUAUAUCUUCAAAUGUCAUGUGACAUUUCUGUUUAAGACAUUCCAGUUUGGUAGAGCAGAUCAUCUUGUGUAUUACGUUAAUGUUAAUAAAUUAUUGAAACCUAGAGAUGUGUACAUUAGCUGUGUUAGGCAGUGUUAUUGAUUAAAACUAAUGGUUGAAUAGCUAGUGCUUGGAUGCUGGGUACCUGUCAUGGAUAUACAACAGAAUUUUUGGUACAGUUCUUUGAGUAUGCCUGCAGCUAUUACUACAGCAAAUGAGUUUGUUUCUAGCCAUCAUUUAACCUAUUCAAUUUUUACACUUUUUCUUACUGUCCUUUGAAAAAAACUAAAAAAUAUUUAAAUUCUGCAAUAUCAAAGACAACAAGCACAGACCUGUUUACUCUUACGAUUUUGGGGAACAAUGUACGAUUUUCAGGUGUAUACAUUAUAUAUAUAUACUGCAUGGUUUGUUUUACUAUUAAGAUAAUGUAUUGAAAGAUUUUGUGAUGAUUUUGUACGAUUUUAAGAGCUUGAGGGUAAACAGGUCUGCAAGCAUGUCAAAAGCUGAUUUAGAUGUGAGCACAAUUUUAAUGUUGACCAAUUGUGGCAAGGGACGGGGUGGGGGAGGGGGAUGGAGACAAUUAUGUCCAGCCAGAAGUCUCCUACACUUAAUGUGCUCUAUUUGAAUAGAGAUGGACCUCAUCCCCGGUGCCAGAGGCUACAGAAUCAGCAACACACCUGGAUUUCUCUGUGUGCCACUUAAAGCCAGCUUGGAGGUAAAUAUUUAUUGUCAUGUUUUUAGUAGGAUACUAAACCAAGGACAAUUAACUGACCUGUUAUUACACAGCGCUUGAUUUAGACUUGAUGAGACCCUAUGUUUUGUAAAAGUUUGGGGCCCUUUUGAAGAAGAAAAAUAAUCCACCAGAAGUCAUAACAAAACCUCCAAAUUUAAACUGGUGUGCUUUAUAAUAAUUAUUUUAUAGCACAAAUUUUAUUAUCAACAAUUAAAUCUCAAAAGCGUUUGUAAUUUUAUUCUUAUUAAAAUGGGUGCCUUCAUCUGACUUUUGAAUAAUUUUACCUUGAGGUCCUUCUCGAUUGUUUGGCACUGAGCUGUAGAAAAUAAACUACAGCUCAGUGCCAAACAAAUUUUCUUAGGGGCAAAUCUGAGCUAGCCUUUCAUGCCUUGAUGAUGUUGUAUGGCAUCCGAAGAAUAAGAAUUCAUGUCACUGUUAAGCUUCUUGGAACCUGCUGCCACCAUCACGCUGAAGUUUAUCAUUUCAUGAAAAUUUAUGAUUAUCAUUGAAUUUUUGCAUCCACAAAUAGUUGUGAAUCGUUAAACUAAGUAGCCAUUGAAUUUUUCCAUGAAAUCUUUAAAAUAAGAAGCCAUUGAAUUUGUCAAUGAAAUCUGCAAAGUAUGAGGCCAUUGAAUCUUUCCAUACCUCUUGGCAGAUAUUCAAGAAAACCAGCGUAGAGGAGCUCAGAAAGAAAUCACUUGUGCUGACUGCCUACCUCGAGCAUCUAAUCCAAAAAUCCUAUCAACGACCGGCGGGCAAGGCCCCAGAGGACGAUUGCGAUGCAGUCUACAUAGACAUUUUCACCCCAUCCGACCCCAAGCAACGGGGCGCCCAACUUUCAUUAGCCUUUAAUGUUUGUAUUGAGCAGGUUUUUAAGGAACUGGAGAAGCGAGGUGUUGUGGUAAGUAUAUAUAUCACAGGUCUGCAAACUUUUGAGGCGGUAGACGCAAACUUUUCCCUCGUUAGAUUUCAUAAAUAUUUGGGAGCCAUAGAUAUAUUAUUUACAAAUAAGGAUAAUUUAAAGUAACAUUAAAUGGGAUGCAGGUAUAAGACAUGGUUUGUAGACACUACGGCGCAGACGCUUUGUUUUUGAAAAUAUGGUAUUUUAAUCCAAAAUAAUGUCCAUCAUAUGUAAAUUUUAAAAAAAUUUUACAAAAGAAACUGUGGUGAUUUUCUUUUCAAUUUUUGCUGGAUUGGGAAUAUGAUGCUAUGGAAAUCUAACACAAAUUAAUAAAAACAAAACCAUAGCAAACAACUUGGAAAUUACCUUCAGUACCAAACAAAGGGAAAUAACUCCAUUUCUUUCAUAAGUUGCUGGCUUUAAAAAAAUCAUUAAAAUUAGUCUUUCAUCCAAUCCUAAAAAACUAAUCGAUAAUUGUAGAUAAAAGAUGAAAUUUUAAUUCAAUUAAAAGAUAUUUAUUUAUAUCGUAUACAUUUGUAACAAAAAUUCAAAAUAAAUUCAUGUUGAAGAAAAAAAUCACUUUCAAAACCUAACGGCUCAUUGCUUGACCAGUAGAUUUUAUAUUCUGGUAUCUGAUGAAUUCCAAACAUCCGGUUAUAUCAUUGGCUGCUACGUCAAACCCUGUUUUGCCUGGUAGAGCUUGCAUACGCAUUAGUCUGCAUUGUCAAUUCUUCAUGAUAAGUCUCAGGGAUGAAUGAACAAAAGUAGUCAUUCAGUUCAGAAGUGUAAUCUGGGAAAUGAAUGCAUUGAACUAUUUCAAUAUCAACAUCACUUUCAUUUCCAUUAUCUAUUUCUGCUUCUAUUUCUGCAUCAAAUUCAUCACUGUCAACACAAUUAGAUGACACACUUGCAGCUUGGCUCAACUCUAGAAACGCAAGCGCCAUUUUAGCAAAGAUUUACCAAAGCAGCUUAAGAUUAAGCACACAGCCAAAAACCUCCACAAAAAAAUGGCUUAAGACUUCCUGUUUAUAAUUAGGCAGUUUGGAAUUCAUUAAUAAGAAAAGUUAAAUUCACUGGGUAACGUUGAAAAUAGCAUUAUGUUCGCGGUGGUAUUUGCGUGACAGAGGCAUAACGGCAGGAAGGGCAUAAUGUGACUGAAAGGGUUAAUUCCAUUGCUUCUUACUUAAAAGCUGUUUUUAAUUUUUUUUAAGCCAUUGUAACAAAUGAACAUGCAUUCAUAUGAUGUUUGUUUCUUUCUCCCAUGAUUCAGUGUGACAAACGCUUUCCGAGAGUCAUUCGAAUCACCCCAGUGCCCAUGUAUUGUAGCUUUGAGGAUGUUCACAGAUUCAUGGGGUACCUAAAGGAUGCCCUUGUCGCUGCCAAGGGAUCCCUGCGUCACGUAGACACUCAUAAAGUUUAAUUGUUUAUAUGGAGGUGCAGGAUGAGCAGAUAUGAAGUUAGAUAUUAUAUUAAAGUCAAACACAGAUGAAAUUAUCAAAACACACAUGGAAUUAUCGGGACGAAGAAUAAAUUAUCAAGACAUAGAUGUCUCUGACCUAUAGCAGCAGCGUACUCUCCACACACCUCUAGCAACAUUCAGGUUUUUAUUCAGUAUUCCUAAAUGCCAUCAAUAUGUUAUUUACAUAACAAGUAAUUAUUAUGGUGAUUAAAAUUUUAGUUUUUUUUUUUUUAAAUAGUACAGCCUUCACUUAUUAUGCCCUAUUUAACGAAAAUUAUGAUAAGAUUUUAAUGCCAAGAUCUGAUAUAUUUGUCAUUUUAAAUGGCCAAAGUGAUAUUUGUUGUACAGGAAAAGUCUGUGUCUUAUUCUUUGUAUUGAAUGCUUUUAGCUGCAUUCUUUAUAGUUGCAAUGAAAAAAUUGUAACGGGGCUUUAUCACUUUGGUAUGUAAGAACAUUUCAUUGAAUGGAGGAUUUAUUAUAAAGAACUAAUGGAAUGUUGAACAUGGAUUACAGUUAUAUUACUUUAAUGGCCGAGGUUGUUUUUUUUAGUUUGAGUUUUCAACCUUUUGAAGUGUGGUGGUCAUUCGGUAGUUCAUCCGUCGAAAAUAGAUCUUGACCAUUUUAAACAUUGGCUUGUUGCUGGGGCGGAAUAUCUCUGUGUUGGGUGUGUAGAUGGCUGAUCAGGAUGACACUGGCGCAAAAUGUUCUGGUGCAGGGGAUGGAUGGGAUAACCUCCAGGUACAGAGACACCUCUGGUUUUUCUGGUUUGUCUUUUGUGUUCUGCAGCAGCUGUUCCGUCAGCCUCAUGUUGCAUGGAGACCUUGUGUAGGGAGUCUUGAUCCUUUGAGGACUGUUCCCACGUGCCGGGGCCGAUGUGAAAUGCUUUAUUUUUGUACUUUAUUUAGACCAUGUUACACAUGCAUUUUCAUCAUUUGGACUUUGGUUUGUUGCUGGUAAUAUUGUAUUCCUAUAUUGGAUAAUCUACAGCUCUGGCAGUAGUGAUUUCCUAGAAAAACUAAGAGCAGUUACAUUAUUAUUAAUUUGUCUACUGUUAUCUGUUUUCCCUUUUGUAGCAUGCCAUGGAAAACAGUUUUAUAUAUUUUUAAACUUUUACUGGGUUUUAAAUUUUUAUUAAAAAGAAAUAACUAACACCAUAAAUAUCAUUUUUUUAAAAAUCAAUCACCUGAAGGUAUUUCAAAACGUUUUCUACCAACAGCUGAAAAGAAUUUCUAAAUCAAUUUUUAACAAGCUUUUUUUUUUAUUUUAAAAAUUGGUUUAAAGUUUGUCUACUUCUUAUAGAAAAGAAAUUAAUAUUUUUGUGCCCAUUUGCUUACAAUUUGCAUAUAAUAUCGUGCAGUAUUAUAUGAUUAAGGAGUUUGAAAUUUAUUUUGAUUGUUAUAAAAUAUACGGGAAGAUCAGGUUAUUCAAACUAUAUACAGCUACAACAGUAUGGCAGCUAAACAUUAUUCAUCUCCAAGUCGCUAAGCAAUAUCAGAACUGCAAUUUUUAUUGUUGAUGCAAAUUUGAUCUGACUUUAGUCCUCAUUUAGUGAAAUGAAACUAAAUCUCCACCUACAACUCUCGCUGACGAGAUUGUAAUUAUUAUUUGUAUAUUCCAAGUAAAAUGAGUUAUGACACAUGGUGCACUCAAUAUUUAAAAACUUUUUUUUGCAAACACCCCC